AUGGCGGCUCAGUGCAUGUUCUUGCAUCCAGCGCCUGCUCCAUUAUUCUUCAGACACUACCCGGAACCCAAUUACAGUUUCGCUUAUGAGGUCAACGACGCACAUACUGGAGAUGUAAAGAGCCAACACGAGAGCAGACGCGGAGACAUUGUCAUUGGCCAGUACUCUCUUGUCCAACCUGACGGAGUUAAAAGAACUGUUGACUACAGCGCCAACGACCAUACUGGUUUCUUAGCGUCUGUUAACAACCAAGACAGCCAAGCUAACCAGGAAUCAAACAGACAGUACAAUGUACAGGAAGAAACUACUCGAUCCCCAAACAAGGCCCAGGAAAGGCAAUACAACACAGCAAGCACCGCUUCUUACAGCACUCAGGCCUGGCCUGAAAACGUACCAAGCCAAAGCGUCACGGUCGCUCCCGUCACCAACAUCAGGACUUCCGUCAUCCACCCUACAUUCCACAACGGUCACAAUCCAGUCAACUACUUCUAAAUAACUUGCUCGAUUAAAUAUUGAACUCGGCUAUAAGCGGACCCAAAAUAGGUUUUAAUUUCAAUUUAAUUUGCAUUUAUUUUCUAAGUGGUCUCUGUACAACGAAUAUUAGCUGCGGAUAAAUUAAAACGGUCUUGUCAUAAACCGUCGAACACGUUUCAUUGUGUUUCUCGAACCGAGUAUUGACUGCUAGCGAGGGAACGAAUCAUCACCUUAUCAGAUUUUUCUCAUCUCCCUUUAAUCGUGAUUGAUACACAUAAAUGUGUAUUUAUAAUUACAAUUGUAAUGUAGUGGAAGUAAAAGACAAGAAGUUUAGAUAUAUUCGCAGAUGUUAAUAAUUCGUCGUAUUCGAUUGUGGAAAAUCUUGUUAUGUUGUAAUAGCAAAUAAAUUGAAUUGUAACUUAUGGUUAAACCGAUACUGAACGACAAUCGCGUAUUUAUUAUAGCCACUGUUUAUUAAAGUUUGUUUGUUAGUAAAUAUUUAUAAAUAAAUGUAUGCAAUGAAA